AAUAUUACAAAUCAUUUCUGUCACAAUUUCAGAUGUUGAAACACAUAUCAUGGUUAGUAGCGGCCGUGGCCAUAGGCUACGCGGUCUUCUUGACUUACUCGCUGCACAGAGUACCUGAAAUGCCACAACUGGACCCAAAUCGGUGGUGGGGCAAAGAACCGCAGCAAAAAGAAGUGGACACCAGCAUACGGCCGUUCAAAAUUGAGUUUAAUGACACGAUGAUCGCUGAUCUAAAACAGCGGAUUAAAAACAGACGCCCCCUGACCCCUCCCCUCGACGGCAUCAAUUCAGAGUAUGGCAUGAAUACAGCAUAUUUAGAGAAGUUAUUAUCGUACUGGGCAGAAAAGUACGAUUUUAAAAAGCGAGCGGAACUGCUGAACCGAUUUCCACAUUAUAAAACCAAGAUACAAGGUCUAGAUAUCCAUUUUAUACGAGUAAAGCCUACAGCGAAGAAUGUGAAAGUAUUACCAUUGCUCAUGCUGCAUGGAUGGCCCAGCUCCUCAAAGGAGUUUGACAAAGUUAUCCCGAUUUUAACGACUCCUAGAGAUGGAUAUGAUUUUGUGUUCGAAGUGACUGCUGCUGAUUUACCUGGAUUUGGAUUUUCUGAGGGUACGAACAAGCCGGGUCUGAAUCCAGUACACAUAGGCAUAAUAAUGAAGAAUCUGAUGAAACGGCUGGGAAUCAAUAAAUUCUACAUCCAAGCGGGCGAUUGGGGCUCACAGGUCGCCACUCAUAUGGCUACCAUUUACCCCGAUGACGUAUUAGGACUCCAUACAAACAUGCCACUAUCAUCGAUGCCAAUAAGCAGUGUGAAGAUUCUACUAGGCUCGCUUGCACCCAGCUUGAUAGGAGACCAUUCGCAUCGUAUAUAUCCGUUGAAGAAUCUGUUCAGAUACCUUGUACGAGAGAGUGGCUACUUCCACAUCCAGUCGACUAAACCUGAUACAGUUGGUGUCGGCUUAACAGACUCGCCGUCCGGCCUGGCCGCUUACAUUAUGGAAAAAAUGGCUAUAUGCAGCAACAGGGACCAAUUACACACCCCCCAUGGAGGUUUGGAAAACUUGGAACUGGAUGACGUACUGGAUACUGUGACCAUACAAUGGGUGAAUAACUGCAUUGUUACCUCUAUGAGGUUGUACGCGGAAGGUUAUUCUACGACUGCGCCUGAAGUCUAUGCAUUGCAUGGAAUACCCACGAGAGUACCAACAGCUGCCAUAAAGUUCCUAUAUGAAGUAAUGUACCAUCCCGAUUGGGUUCUCCGGGACAAAUUCCCGAACCUAGUGCGGUCCACAACCCUGGAAUUCGGAGGGCACUUUGCAGCGUUACAAACGCCAAAAGUAUUCGCUGACGACGUUUUCGCGGCAGGAGCUGAAUUCCUGAAGUUUCACGAGUCCAAGAAAUAGAUUUAUUUAAAAC